AUGGUGUGUGCGAAACUGGGCAUAUUCAUAAAUCAUGUGAUGACCCAGCCGAUCGAAGAAUCGUCGCCACGGAUGCAUGUUGAUAUCGAGUUUUCAGAAACGCAGCCCGUUUUGUCAGCGGAAAAGAGUGCAGGUGUUGAAAUGAAGCUGUCGACAACCCUUGGACAAAUGGAAACCUACACGUCUCAGGUAGCUGUCCUGGAGGCUGCGUCUACGGACGAUCAGAUUAAUUCGUCCGUCGAGCUAAAAACGCUGCGCGAGGCAUUCAGCGCGCAGUUGAAGGAAAGGGACCAUCAAAUUGUCGGUUUGACGAAACAAAUCACUGAAAAAGAACACGUGGUUGAUCAGACUCGCUACAAACUAGAAUUAUCUAUGAACGAAAUCAAACAGCUGACUGAAAAACUGCGGUUAAGUGAGAAAGCUUUGCAAGAUGCACGCGAUUUUGAGAAGGCGAAGUUCGAUUCUUUAACUACAACUAUAAGCGACUUACAGACUCGUCUUGUUGUGGCUGAGCACGGAAGCUCUCUUCUUGAAGAUAUGGUGAAGCGGUUGGAAGCCGAGUGCAGUGACCUGACAAAUAACCUGAAUAAGGUUUCAGAAGAAAACCUGAAGAUGUCUGUUGAGGCCGUGCGACAACAGGGCUCUUUUGCUGCGGAAAAGGAGACUUGGACGAUCAGGGAAUCGCACCUGUUAAAAAAAUCAGAGAAAGAAGAACGUAACAUUGCGUCAAUGCAAAUAAAAAACGACCGUCUCUACAGCGACGUACAUGAAACUCUGCGUGAUAUGAAUUCGCUCCAAAAAUUUUUAAAAGACUUCGCAUCUGCCGGUGAAACGCACCAAACGGUGGACCCAAAAGUGUUUAUGUCUUUGCACGACAAGAUCCACCGUUCUGUGACAAAGAUUGUGGAUACUUUGCAAACAGAUCAUUUCAAAAUGCACAGUGACGCCUUUUUCCAAGAAAUGGACGUUGGUAUAUUACAGAAAAGUCAAAUCGCACGAUUGCAGGCUGAUAUCUUCAUUUUGAAGAGAGAACUCAAUACCGUGACGAGUCAUCUUAACGCUCGUGUCGAGGAUGCCGCCAAAAUUAACGCUGAUGUGCAGGUUCAGUUAGCGAAGGUACGAAAGCUAGAGCUUUUGGAACAGCAGUACAAGACUUUAGGGGAUAGCAAAUGUGAGCUGGAAAAGCGCCUCUGCGCCGAGAGAAGAAAGGUUGCUGAACUUCAACAACAAUUGGAUAGCUUGGCUGGCGAAUCAGAUCGCGUAGCGUCGUCAAAGGCCCGCUACGGCGAGCUGGCGCCAGGCGAUGAAUCAGUCAAAACUUUGCCGUCGAGCGCGAAAGAAAACAAAGAACUGCGGAGUCUGCCCGUCGAUCUGUCUGCGGCAGAGGCAGUGCUAAAAAACAUAAUCGAUGCAGCGGACAAUGCGGAGAAGAAAAUACAGCCUUUAAACGAUAACUGGAUAAAAAUAAGACAAAAAGUGAACGACUUUCAGAAGAAGUUUCAAGAACAGAGUGAAACUCCUCAGACAUCUACGAAAGCGGAUGAAUACCUUUCCGGCAUGAGACUAAAGGUCCAGACUCUUGGUCGCUUAGCGCAAGAUGGUUUAGCUCCGUUAACUGAAGCCAAAACUGAACUGGAGAAGAUCAUGAAUUCGUUGAGUGACAGCAUGAACAGCCGCGUGUUAACACUAGUUCAGCGUUAUACUACUCUGGUUGAAGAUGUCCGAAAUGUAAACAACCAGAUACAUUCCAUCCUGGAAGAUAAGGCUGCGUUCGAGACACAACAUCGUGAACUUAAGGUUUCAUCUGUCUCUAACGCGACCCCUGUGCAGCUCGUCCCCGCAAUGCCUGCCGCUACCCUCGCUACCUCCGUCAGUAGGUCUUUGAAUUUGGCGCAGCAACCGCGUAGACUUAUUUCGAAAAGGCCUUUGUCGCGCCCUCCGCUAACCGUUGUCAGCGUCAAACCGCUAUCAUCCGCCGGUACUGCGCAGAUCCACAGCGAUAGCAGCGUACCUGACCAAAGCGGCCAAACUGGUCUUGCCAUAGCAACGUCCAUCUCCAUGCAAGCUACCUCUUCCAUAUCAAGUAGCAGUCAGCAGCAGCCACCAUCGAAGCUUCGCCGAGUGGUUGUCAUUUCACAUACCGAAGCUCAAGACUUCGUCAGUGGCAGUUGUGACGACAGAAGCGACGAUAUUACCAGCAGUGAAACGACGACAGCAUCAAACACCAGGAGGAAACUACGACUUCGCGCCGUGGAUGCUGAAGAUGCAAAACGCCGUUGCCUGAAUUCCUCCGAACAGGUUACCACUAGUGGCGAUCAAGGAACGUCCGCAUCCGUAAUAUUUCGUUCAGGCUCAGGAGGCGAAGAUCAUUCUUCAGCCAGCCAAGCGGUUGUAAAUUCGAGUUUAGAUGACAAUGACAGUAGCGGUGUGAUGUGUACUGAAGAAGUUUUUCAACGGCGCGAUGACACUGAGCCUGAAAGCACCGAGCAGGAGAAUUGUUUCCAGGGCAGCACUAUGUCGCAACCAAAAAUCGUUGAUGCAGAGGCUGAAAUACGUCGACAGAUGCCAGUGGCGACAGGUCAUAAUGUUCAGUGUAGCAGCGAAAGAAGCAUCGCAAAGCGUUCGCGACCGCUGAUCCGCCGAUCUAAUGGCAGCAUGGCGGCAUCAGUUCACCUUCCGAAAUUAAUCUCAGCCUCAGUGGCCGAUUCCAAGCCUCGAAUCACCGGCAGCUCAUCGUCUGACUUUGGGGAACACGAUGGUACAGAGGCUGCAUCGAGCAGCACCGCUGCCAGUGAUCAACCGCAGCCAUCUCGCCUGUCCCUGGAAUGCGAAGAAUUUGAAGUCAUUACAGAUACGAAACAGCCCAUUCACGGAAAUGAGGAAGGCUCUGAAGCACUGCCGGCAAAAAGUAGUGCGGAUCAAGUUCGAACAAUUCAAGAUACGAUGAAGCCUGAGCCUUCCACUUCACAAUCCAAAGGCCUUGAUUCAACAAACGACACCAGUGACGUCGGACCAUCUACUUCGAAGCCGAAAGCUAUUCGCAUUAAGAGGCCAAUUGUUUGGUCGCCUCCUGCAGACUCGCCGACAGCUGCGUCGGAUAUUACCUCCUUUUCGGGUUCGUGGCGUCGUUCCGGUGUACGGCAGCCGUUCCGCGACUUUCGACGCGGUAAUUCUAUAAAUCUUCGCAAGCGCGGAUCAAGACGAUCCGGAUUCCGAUACUUUUGA